AUCCGUCUGGCUUUACUCUGUUGUGGAAGCCAUUUUGGGAUUUUCCUAGUAGUAAUUGUGAGUCAAGCUCGUAACUUUUGUGUGUUCCCGCGAAGCCCGCGGGGAUUCGGAUCCGGUGUUUGGAAACGCGGCUUUUUCCCUGUUUUUAUUUGCGCGUGUCCGUCGAGAUGCGGCGCACAUUUUGCGCAUCCUCCAACGGGAUUGUCAUUUCUGUACUGGACUACCUUCAAAACAACGGCAGAUUAUAGAAACUGAUGGUCAAACUGGCAAGUGCUGGAAUAUUUCGUUGCUAUUCAUGCUUUCUCUCGAGCCGUUUGCGCGGAUGCGGUGAUAUUUGAGACCAGAAAAAGAGGUGGAAGAGAUUUUCUCUGGAUGUUCAGCCUGUCUCUUGGAUACUGGAGAGUGGUUUUCUGGAUCUCCGCUGCUUUUCAGAAUGUCAAGACAUGCAGUUAGAGGAAAGCGUGCUCCGCGAAUUACCAUGGAUUUUUCCCGCCUGCACACGUAUACUCCACCUCAGUGUACUCCGGAUAACACGGGAUAUACCUAUUCACUCAGCUCAAGUUACUCGACCGCAGCCCUUGAGUUUGAGAAGGAGCAUCAAAUCAAUCCCGUGUACGACUCGCCCAGAAUGUCCCGCCGUAGUUUGAGACUACAGACCAGCAGUGGCUUUUAUGGUGACAACAGCUUCACUGAGCGCUCAGGCGUUCACAAUGUCAGCUCCUACAGGCAGACCAGCAGCAGCAGCAGCGUCAGCAGGUCUGUGCGAAGCAGGAGGCAGCAGCAGGGCUCGUCGGUGUACGAGUCUGAGAGCGUGUCUCGGAGCGUGACUCAGACUCCUCAGAAAGAGCAGACCCUGUCAGACCUGAGUUUCACCAGUACAGCCAGUGAUGCGUCUCUGAUCUCCAGCCUGCUGGAUCAGUCCACGCUCAGACAGAGCUCUAGGACUCACACAUACUCCGCAAGGAGAAGAAGAACAGCUCACAGCUCUCUGCUGGAGAAUGGAGACCUCAGUAAAACGGAAGAGCAAACCGAUCUGGCUAACGGCUAUAUUUGUAAGAACUGCUCGUUCCACGCGGAGGAGAAGGAGGAGGAAACGGCAUAUUCCUUACCGUACUCGACAUCGGUGUCUUCGGCGUAUCAGACAGCCGCAGACGCCGCGAUGACCUCUUCUCUGAACAGUGUUGACAAGACAGCUCAUGACAGCUACUGCGGCAGUGUGAACGUGCGAGAUCUGGUGACUACAGACAGCCAUCUCAAUCUCAACGGCUCACUCUGUGAUGACUGUAAAGGAAAACAGCACAUGGAAAUGCACACGGAGCACAAACGCUAUUCCUACGCCCACCAUGCAUACGCAGCCUUGUGGGCCCUUGUUUCUUACACAGGUUACGGGCUUCUGCGGGUUUGCCGAGGUUUCGGCUCGGCCGGUGCGUUCGUGACCCGGAAGCUGAAGUCCGUUCUGUGGCUGGCAGUGUGUUCUCCAGGGAAAGCAGCGACUGGUGCCUUCUGGUGGCUGGGAACAGGAUGGUAUCAGCUGGUCGCACUCAUGUCUCUGAUCAACGUCUUUCUUCUCACCAGGUGUCUGCCCAAACUCCUGAAGCUUCUUCUGUUUCUCCUACCGUUACUUCUGCUGUUUGGAUUAUGGUACCUCGGUCCGCCCAUCGCUCUGUCCUUCCUUCCAGCCGUAAACCUCACAGAGUGGAAAACGGCAGUCACUUCUUUCGCCUCACUUCCUCCACUCCCUUCUCUCCCAUCUCUUCCCUCUUUGCCCGCAUUACCUUCUUUCAUAAAAGAACCACUGGCAAAAGAAGAACACAUCUCUCCUCCUGUGGUCUCACAGGCUGCGUCAGAGUCCAUUAACAGUGAGCGCUUGGCUCGGCUGGAGCAGCGUGUGGCAGCGCUGUGGGAAAGCAUCCAGCAGGGGGAGCUGAAGGCUAGACAGCAGCACGAGGAGGCCGUGGGUUUGGUUCAGACCCUCCAGGACCAGAUGAACACACAGACAGACAGAGAGAGUCUCAGCCUGUGGGUCUCUCAGCUCCUGGAGCCCAAGUUUACCGCGCUCAAGGGAGAGAUGGAAAAAGCAGCGGUCAGCAGGGCAGAGACUGAGGAAGAGCACGUGCAGCAUCAGACGAGUCUUGAAGCUCGACUGGCUGAGCUGGAGCUCCUGCUGAAGAACCUGAACUCUAGAACUGAGGAAAUCCAUCUAACACAGCAGGCUCCAGCGCAGGCUCCUGUCAGUGUUGGAGUCUCUCAGGAGAAGCAUGAUGCUUUGCUUACUGAGGUUCAGAGGCUGGAAGCAGAGCUGGGCCGCAUCAGAGGAGACCUGCAAGGAGUGAUGGGAUGUAAAGGCAAAUGCAACCAACUCGACACCAUACAUGAAACCGUGUCAGCGCAGGUGAAGGAGCAGUUGUCCGCUCUGCUGUACGGUCGUGACGGAGGUGAGGCAGAGAUUCCCGAGCCGCUGCUGCCCUGGCUGGCCUCUCAGUACACACGCUCUUCUGACCUCACCGCGACCCUCGUGACCCUGGAGCGCAGCAUUCUGGGAAAACUGUCCCUGCAGCUGCAGGAGAGCAAGCAGCAGCAGUUCUCGGCUGAAACGGUUACUCAGACCGUCGCUCACACCGCCGGGGCUGCUGGCAUGUCUGAGGAGCAAGUCCAGCUGAUGGUGCAGCGUGCGCUGAAGCUGUACUCGGAGGAUCGCACCGGACAGGUGGACUACGCUCUGGAGUCUGGAGGCGGCAGUAUCCUCAGCACACGCUGCUCUGAGACCUACGAGACUAAAACCGCCCUGAUGAGCCUGUUCGGCAUCCCGCUCUGGUACUUCUCACAGUCGCCUCGGGUCGUCAUCCAGCCGGACAUGUACCCGGGAAAUUGCUGGGCAUUCAAAGGCUCCCAAGGCUAUCUGGUGAUCAGGCUCUCUUUAAGCGUGGUCCCUACCUCCUUCUGCCUGGAGCACAUUCCCAAAAGCCUGUCUCCUUCCGGAAACAUCAGCAGCGCACCGCGCCGCUUCGCCGUCUAUGGAUUGGAUGAUGAAUACCAGGAGGAAGGGAAGCUGCUGGGAGACUACGUCUAUCAAGAAGAUGGAGAAUCACUCCAGAUCUUCCCAGUUACGGAGAAGAACGACAAGGCCUUUCAGAUCAUCGAGAUGCGAGUGCUGUCGAACUGGGGUCACCCCGAAUACACCUGCUUGUAUCGCUUCAGAGUUCACGGCAGACCUCACGCUCCCUGAUCAGGCGCCGUCACAUCACUAUAUAACCCUUUAUGUACAUACAGGAAAAAACACUUUGACGCAGCACGGACGAAACUGGGCUUGCUAGACACAUUUUUAAGACUCUAAUACGAAUGAUGGCCGAAACGGAGUUACAAGGAGCACAGCGGGAAAGAGCAAGACGUUUAAGCUAAGGAUCGCCACUCAUGUCCUCCCCAAGUCCCUGUUCUUGCACUGAUUCAAGCCUGCUACGCCCCUGCACCAUGCGCUCUCUCCCGUAGAGGUAUCUGUGCCUUCAGACAGAACACGCUUCUCUCAUUCUGUGUACAGUGGGGGUUUUUUUUGUUUUCUGAAUGUACGGAGAGGAGUGAAGUUCAGGAAGCUGGACUUCAGGCGCCGCCGCCGCGAGGUGGCCAUCAGCUAUGAGAGGGGAGUAUUUGGUCGUUUAUAAAACCUUUACAACCACUAAACCGGUUCAUCUCACCGAACCUAACGAGAAUGCGUCUGGGUCAUGUUUCGCCACAAAUCAGUUGAGAAAUUAAUGCUAUUAAUUCUGCUAAUUUUAAAAAUCUGAUUUUUUUUGCGUUGUGAUUUUUCAUUUUUAUUUUCAUUUCAUAAUUUGCAUUGAUUUCAUGCAAAAAAAGUUUUUAAACCUUUUAACAUUGUAAUUGCAUUUGAUCAACU